AUGCGCUUCUUGUGUUUACACGGUGCCGGCACCAAUGGCGAGGUGCGUACUUUCGAUCGCGACAACUUCAAUGCUAAUCCCAAACACCAGAUUUUCGAGAUCCAAACCGGUGGAAUUCGCCAGCAGCUCGAAAAGAAGGGCCACAUCUUCAAAUUCGUGAACGGCAAGAUGGACGCCGCGGUGGAGUCAGAACUGGAGGGCGUCGUGGACGGCCCCUUCUAUAACCACUACCCACGCAGUCCCGCCGUGCCUAGCGCCCAUCUAAAGGAAGCCUUCGAGCAUGUCUUGAACAUCAUCGCCACUGAGGGCCCCUUCGACGCAGUGAUGGGCUUCUCCCAAGGCGCCGCUCUAGCUAGCGCUCUGAUUGCCCACCAGGCCAAAGCCCACCCAGAGCAGCCGUCCCUCUUCCGCGCGGCCGUAUUUAUCUGCGGCGGGGCGCCGUGGGAGGGCGCGGGAUUAAAUUAUAUUGCUUCGCAGCCUGAUACGUACGCGAUCAAUAUUCCGACUGCGAAUAUUGUCGGGAAGAUUGAUCCGCUGUAUCCGGAGAGUAUGAAGUUGUAUCAGCUUUGCGAGCCGAGCAAGGCGGCGUUCUAUGACCAUGGAUCAAAGCAUAUGGUGCCGUUUGAUAUGAAGAAUACGGAGGAGAUGGUUCGGGUUAUUGAGGAGACCGUUGCUAAAGCUAUUCGGGGUUGA